AAAUGCCGCCCGUUAUCGUCGCCGCCUUCACCCAGCUUCCAGCAAACACACACCAUCUCUUAGCGAACAUGGCGGCAACUUGAUAACGGCAGCGAGCCGAGGAUGGUGAGGGCUUGAAAAAGAAAAAGAGGUCUGUCACAGGCUGUAGGCCCAUCCGCCGACACAAAGGCAUACAGCUUCGCCAUGUUGGAAGAGGAUAGCGCCUUUGUCCCUGCACGACCGAGGCCGGGGGAAACGUAAACGCGUCGGGAAGUGUUUCUAAAAACGGAGUCGAGGCUACGCAGAGGAGCGGAGCGGAGCGGCGCGGCGCGGAGGAGAGCUCGGGGCGGGCGGGCGGGAGGAUAGCGGCUUCACCGGUCAGCCAUGGAGGAUGCGGCCCGUGGUCGCCAGCGUUUGAUUUCCCACCCGACCCACGCUCCUUUUAAUGGGAAUUACCGCUGAUAGCAAAGGCAAGCCGGGACAACCCACCGCCCGACACUUGAGGGGAGGAAAACGCGAAGCGGACCCGACGUCAAUGACUGUUGCGGCAGAGGAGCCCCCACGGUGGAGUCGGCCGGUUCCCAAAAUAUGACCAGGGGUGCUGGGACGUGUUGGCAGCAAGAAGAUGACGACGGCUUCCAAAUCUGGCUAGAGCCCCCCCGCGACAACCAAAAGCCAUUCACCGACUCAGAGAGGGCGCAGAGAUGGCGACUGUCCUUGGCAUCCCUCUUGUUCUUAACCAUCCUCCUCUCUGAUCACCUGUGGUUCUGCGCCGAGGCCACGCUGGCCCGGACCCGGGACAAGUUCGCAUCCCCCCACCCUUUGUCACCUCAGACAUACUCAGCACACAGCAGCCUCAGAGGAAACCCAGAUGAUAUUUUUAUAGGAAACUCUACCAAACAUUUGUGGCGGCUCGAAACUUGCCACCGGGAUAGUUUAUCUAACGACUGCUUUACUUUCUUGGAUGCCGACGAGUUGUGCAGGGGCCUUUCCGACAGAGAGGGGACGCGGGCUGUAAAUAUGAGCAAUUUGUACCUUUCCUUUUGUAACUCCUACUCCUUGCUGGAUUUGUUGUACGGCUCGACGAGUCCGGACAAUUUGAACUGCAGCCUCGACGCGCUCGGCGACGGCGACGCGAACCGCUGCAGUCUGUGCGUCCAGGCGUACCAGCGCUACGACCAGCACGCCCAGGAGAAAUACGAGGACUUUGAGCUCCUCACUCAAAAAUACGAGCCGGGGGCAUAUUCGGUGAGGACGUGCAUGGCGCACUGCAAGGCGGCCUAUAAGCCCUGGCUGUGUGCUCAGUAUUUCCCCACCACCCAGCAGUCCUGCCAGAAGAAGGUGCCGUGCCACCAGUACUGCCUGGAGGUCCAGCAGAGCUGUCCGUUCAUCCUGCCCGAUAAUGACGACCUGAUCCACGGUGGCAGCCCCAGCUUCAUCUGCACAGGUCUCUUGGGAGAUCAUCCAUCAGACAGUGAGGCGGAGUGCUGUGACGUCCGAUGGGACUCCAAAAUGGACAACCCUUCAGGCGGCACGCUAAAAAGAACUGCUUCUUCCUGCCAGCCUGUGGGGGCUUCGGUCACCUCCGCUGCCACCCCGAGACUGUGCAGCGGGCGACUGAAGAUCUGCCUGCUGGCCCUUGUCCUCCUACACACUGUCAUUAUCAUUUCAGCCUCCCAUAAUUCUUCGUUGGUGGGCGUGGCUGCCAUUUUCUCGCCAGAGGAAAGUGCUUCUAAUGAGGAGUGAACCUUGGGUUGAAUCAGGGCUGGAGCUUGCGUAGAGCAAUUGUUGACAGGGAGGAAGACCAAGGCUUUUUACAGUGUCAUGGCUGCCAGGGACACAGCUGGUGAGAUGUGCUGGAAAUGCCUCCACAAGCCUGCUGCCGAUGAACCGCCAACCACAGGAAGUGGGAAGGUUUUAAUUGGAGCGGAGGGUGCUGAGAUUGGACAUCAACUGAAGAGAGAUGUUUGAGAACCACCACCCCUAAAAGAACUGACCUCUUGCCACUUGAAACCUGCUCAUUGUUUCUAUUCCAUCCAAAUGUUUUCUAGCAUAUUGUCCUCCCCUCCCCCAACCUCCCUCCCCUCCCUUCUCUCCGCCCUCCUCUGUCUGUUUUCGAUGUGUGUGUACGGAUAGCAUGUCAGAGGAAAAAAUGGACAUCGAUGAGGUCUGCACUCUCAUUCGUUACUUUUAGAUUUUUGCUGCACUUUCUUUCAGGUGCCAGAAUGUUUUUGACAUAUCAGCUGUUUCCCACUUCCUGCUUUCCAUCACCUUAGAGGGAUCUUCUUUACUACCUUGUAUGUCAUGUUGCUCGAGGGCCUGCCGGGCCCAGCUCCAUCUAUCACUCGUGGGUCUUGUUUCCCAGAAAACAAAAUGUAUGUGAUUCUGUAUUCUGAUGUUCAGCUUGUGUUUCUGUCAGACCGGACCUUUCCUCAACCCAUUAUGACAGUACAUGCCUACAUAUUUUAGGACCUUAAGUGCUCUGAGACUGGCUCACUUUCUCCUCUAGCUUGUUGGGUUGUUAAGCAAGUUAGGAGAGGUGGAGUGGUUACAAAAAAAAGAAAAGGUAGUGACGGCUCAGCUCACAAUUGCAUGGUGUUGCAGGAACAGGAAGCUCAGAUUAGUCACCGUGUAGCGCUCCUGGGCGGGGGGAACUGGUGUUUUCUGGUUUCUAAAGUGUUCAGUUUACCUCAUACAGUGGUGUUGGUGUUGCAGACAGGCAGCACGGCGAGUACUUAGACUUGCAGGGACAACCCAGGGACACUAGAGGACAGUUGCAUGAAGCCAAAACACCAGGGGCCUCAUUUAUCAGCCACACGUAAGCUAUCAAAUUAUCAGUUACACUUGACAAGACCUUAGUGCUAACCUUAAGUGCAGUCAUGUUGUUAUGUAGUCCCUCAUUAAGCUUAGCCUAUGGACGUCAUAAACUGUGACAUCACCACAGCCCUGUAUCCAUUUACUGAUGCUCAAGGCACGCCAGACUCACUGUAAUAUUCUCCUGAGCGGUAGAUGUUGCCUCUCAGGGAAACACAAAGAAGUCAUAACAGUGCUGUUGGGAUUAAAAGAAAUCCAAACUGGAAUCAAAAGGAUUGCAGACUUUGUUUUGUAGAAAGUCUCGCCAUUUCCAGCUGUAGUACUCUCCGUCUUUAUAAUCUGGGAAUCACAGCACUACUCCGCUGAUGUAUCAUGGAAGCGACCCGCUCAUACAGCAGGUUACAAAAAUCAAGAAUUACACGACAAUCUGAAACACCAAAGUGUAGCGCACGCCGGCAGUUUUGAUGUCACUUUUACUGCACAAGGUUGUUUGUGAGGCCAACAUCAGGCUCUAAUAGGCAUCAAGCUUUUCUCCAGGAUGCUUGGGUUACUUGUCAUUAAUUAUGACCCAAAAAAAGUUCCGUUUUAUCUCAGUAUCUCCUAAAAAGUCAUUAAAAAAAUAGAAACAAAAAAUUGUUAUGUAGCAUUAUUUCUGCCAUUGCGCUUACAGUUACAGUCAUGACGUGUAGCUACAAUAAUAUUAUACGUGCAUCGUCGACACAAUACUACGGUGGCCCUGAGUGGUCAAAUGCAAAUCAACUUGAGAGAACACCAGGAAAAAGAGAGACACUGCAGAGGCACACAAAAUACAACAAAAGUACAAAAAUCCCCCCUCCCAGGUAAAGCGUUUUAAUCGUGAGUCAUAUAAUGCUGUAGCUACAUUUUUGUUAUUAGCUGUUUAAUGUUAGCUUGUCACUUCCGCCACUGUUCCGUGAAGUUAUCGUCUCUUUUUUUUCUAUUUACAUUGUUUUUUUCAUUUAACUUCAUUGGUUUUUGUGAGAUUUUGCAGCUGCUGUGUUCUUUUUUGAGAGAACAUGAACAAAUUCAAAUGAUACGUUUUUAAAAUUUCUUAAAUGGUUGAAGCUUCAAGUUACACAUGGCGCCAUAGGCAUCCCUCUUUCCUGUAGCCCAGACAAAGAAAGGGUGCCACUCCCUAAUUAACAAAGUUUUUAUAUUUUGGUACAAACAAGACAUGAAUUUGAUUUGUUAAAAAUCUGGGGAGGAGCCACGGCUUAGGCUCUCCCUUACUGGUGUUUGGUCUGGCAUCCGGCUCAUGCUUCAUCUCUGCUCCAAUCACAGGUCUUCUUCCUGUAAAGGAAAACUCCUUCCUAUCUCCCUGUUUCUAUGCAGUCUAGUAGCUUUCCACGGCAGCCUCACCCUGACUUCACAUGCAUGUGGGUCCUGCGCCACACCCUACACAAACCACAAAUGUGUAAUUUAAAGAUAAAAAGUAAAGUCCUAAAACACAAUUUUUCUGUUAUGCUGUUUUCCUAAGUUGCAGUGCAUUUGAUCUCUCAGGGCCACCGUACAAUACCGAUGUUUAAUUGUGAAAUAUCGGUGUAAUCAACAGUUAUCGCGACACCCAUUGUGGGAAAGAAGGCAAAAGAUUCCCGUUUUUAUAACAAGUGAGUGUUCACUUCACCAGAUGACUGAGGAUGGCAACUGUCUUAUAAAUACUAGCUAAAAUCAAGGAGAAUGGCACUGAUGUUACUAGCUAGCUGGAAAACAGAAAAUCAUAAUUACAGGAAAGCGUACGAAAGUUCAACAGUGUCAAAUGCCCCUAAAUGUUCACAGAAAUCGUCAGUCAAUCGGUUGUAAAAUCUUUUUACUCCACAUUCACAUGCUCCUCGCGUUUUCCAAGUAAUUUAGAUCUGACAUCAUUCUUCAGACUUCAAUGUGCAAGAAAGAUGUUGAAAAAACGGAAGCGCUGAAAGCAUUUAAACACAUUGCAUUAUUGAUCAUUGAUCAGUUUGUCAGUAUUAACCAACAACAACCUGGCGAGUGAACAAAUGUCUCCUUUCUGAUUUUCAAGUUAGUUGUCUAUUAAAUUACUACAGAAAACACUAACGUGCCUAACCAGCCAGCAACUCAGUGCUGCAGGCCCCAUUCCAUGCAUCCCACAAAACGUCAUUUUUAGUUCUGAUAAAUGAGGCCCCGAGAUCUUUGAGUGCCUCUGCUGCAUAAAUCUAAUGAGGCAAAAGUGCAAUAUAGGAGGGAAAAAAACAAACAGCUGGGGUUAGUGUCCUACUUUGUGACAUCUUCACUGCUGAUGGCUCAGCUUGUCAGUAUCACAGAGUUGGUGCAUGUGACUAGCCAGCCACCCAAUCUAUCAAACCGUUGACUCUUACAUCACCCUUAGACAAGCUGAUCAACUGCUAUCUUUCACAGACUAGCAAAGGGCUGUGUUACUGUCAGCGUGUGAGGAGUGUGAGGAGUUUUCAAGGGCUGAUCCGUGUGAUUUUUUUUUCUGUUUUUUUUCCUUUUUCUUUUUGCAUGGCUGCUGCUAGUAAAGUGCACAUUUACACAGGAUGGAUCACGCAGGGAUUAAGAUUAGUUUGAACUCACCUAUUAGGCAGCAGAAAUAGGGAUUUUAACCAACUGUGAGCAAAUAGUGACAAAAAUCUUACAAUAAGUACACCAAAUCUAAAUGAAGACAUUCUUUUGUCCUGCUUAUGGUGAACUUUGUUUCCAGAUUGGCUUUUUCCUCACUUACAGCCUCACAUUAUUUACCACCCAUCGAUUUGCUCUUCGCUCACAUGUCAGAGCGAAACGAUAAAGUCCAAAAGUAAGUCAGGUUUUUAAGAUGUCCAUAGUUUUACCCCUACGUCUACCACCGCCAUACAACCUUUCCACAUUGGCUUUCAUUUUUUAUUUUUUAUUUUUUUAUUUUUUGCAAUUUGUUUUGAUUUCCUUGACAAACUCUGUUGACAAGAACUUACAUUCCCUUGAAGACAGCAGUGGAUGUAAUAGACCCACACUUUGUUCUCCCUCCUUCCUUCAAUCUCUAGCUGUUCAUGAUCUGAGUCCUGUGGAUCUAUGCAGAUGAACCCCACCCCAAAUCAACAUACCACUUUCCAGCACCGCCCCCACGCCAACCCAUCCACCGGCUCCUUGUCCUUUAUGUUGUAAAUAUGUCCUGAGGAUGUGGAAUCCCAAAUAUCUUCCCUAACCUCUCCCUUCUUCCCCCACUGUUGGAAUCUCACUGUGUUUUCUGUUCGGCUCCUUGGUUUUUGUCUGUUUUUUGAGACCUUUGCUGCAUUUUUCUGUUGUCUAAAGCUGUGGUGUGAGUUGAGGAGAUGAAAGAGGUAUUAAAGGAAAAUAUACAAAAAAUGAAGCUUGGAUUGAGAAAAGGGUUCAAAUAUAGAGGAAAAAAAUCUGAUAAAGUUGUCAUAUUGUCAUACUAGAGAUGCUUUAGUUUGCUAAUUUACUUUCUUUUUUUUCUACAAAAGACUUGGAUGAAAUUAUUUAUAAAAUGCGUCCCACGAGUCAUGACCUUUUUUGGACGUAAAACGAAUACAUUUAUUAACAUUUUGUUCAAAAGAAAAUAAAUAUAAAUUAUGUUAAACAUUA